AUGGCAUACUGGGCCACCGACACCAUCAACCUAGGUACCUGGCAAACGGCGUCGUCAAUACUGGCGGUUGGCCUAAGCUGGCGUGAGGCGAUACCCAUCAUGGUGGUCGGCAACCUUUGUGUCGCCAUACCCAUGGUGUUGAACGGUGCUAUUGGAGCCAAGCUACAUGUUCCCUUCUCGGUAAUUACCACCAGCAGCUUCGGGUAUCAUCUGAGGUACUUCUGCAUAGUCAGUCGGGCGAUCUUGGCCAUGUUCUGGCUGGGUAUUCAGGGGGCGAACGGGGCCCAAUGCAUCACUAUUAUGCUUCGUGCUUGGGCUCCAGCAUACAAUGACAUCCCCAAUGCUCUGCCAGAGUCGGCAGGAAUCACCACAGUUGGGAUGAUAUCCUAUUUCUUGUUUUGGAUCAUUCAAUUGCCUCUGCUCCUGAUCCACCCAACCAAGCUGAAGCCAAUCUUUAUCGUGAAACUGGUGGCGGCACCGGUCGCAGCGAUCGCGACAAUGGGAUGGUGCAUCAGGGAGGCUGGCGGAGGUGGAGAUAUCUUUGCUCUUCAGCCGACAGUGGACAGGUCUCGAUAUGCGUGGCUAUGGCUGUCAUGUAUGUCAAGCGUGACGGGCUCUUGGUCUACGCUUGCAUGCAACAUCCCCGACUUUACGCGGUAUGCCAGAUCAGCAAAGGGCCAGUUCAUCCAGCUCCCCUUCUUGCCCAUCAUAUUCACUGCCUGUGGAGUUCUAGGAAUCGUGACAACUUCGGCAAGCAAGGUCUUCAGUGGGGAGUACCUUUGGAAUCCGCUGGACAUCAUCGCCAUCUGGCUCGACUACGGCGCAGGAGGCCGUUGUGCUGCCUUUUUCGCCGCGCUGGCUUGGUACGUGGCGCAGGUUGGGACGAAUAUCACGGCCAACUCCAUCAGCGCAGCGAACGACCUGACCGUGCUGUUUCCCCGGUGGGUAAACAUCAAGAGGGGUUGCAUGAUCGCGGCUGUCAUUGCUGGUUGGGUUCUGGUUCCGUGGAAGAUCCUGGAUUCCGCCGAGACGUUCCUGGCCUUCAUGAGCGGAUAUGCUAUCUUCUUGGGCCCAAUGGCCGGCAUCCUCGCGGCGGACUACUGGCUCAUCAAGAAACGGCAGAUUGACAUCCCAGCCCUGUACAAUCCUCUGGGCCGGUACAAGUACGUUGGCGGCUGCAACUGGCGGGCAGCCGUUGCGUUUCUGUCCCCGGUCGCUCCUCUGCUGCCAGGACUCGGCAACAGCAUCAGUGGCAACACGGCCGUCCCUAUCAGUGCCGGUGCUAAGAACCUAUACAGCUUCAACUGGCUGUUUGGGUUCGUGGUCUCGGUGGUGCUGUACACAGGCUUGAGCUUGGCUUUCCCGGCAAAGCAAACUCUUGUCCGAGAAACUGUGUGGGAUCUUGACGACACGGCGAUCGAAGCUUAUCCUCGUGUGAGCAGCGAGCACUCAGGGGGCCUGGCCCACGAGAAGACAGUCGAUGAAGGGGUGCAUGGGCCAGUACCGAGAGUUGCAUGA